UAAGUAGGGCGGUGACGAUAACACAGGCUGAUAACACUUGAUAACACGCGGUAACGCGAGGUUCUCGUGGAUGGGGCGAUGGGAAGUCAACAACGUCAUAUUUUGCGAGGCAUUUACAAACUGGCGUCAGAGGCAUCCCAGCUUUGCGAUGAUAUCUGUUAAGGGACAAGUGAUAGAUUGGGCCUUAUGUAUUUUAAGGCACAGCAAUCACCAUUGACAAUAACUAGCCACAUGAGGCUAAUGAGAAACUACGGUGAUAUUCACUUUACAUUGAAUGAUCCCAUUUUCCGGCAUCUUGUUAGGCCGCUAGGACUACGGAAACAGUUACUAUUGUGGAGUGAAAUGCUAAUAGUGUAUUGUUUUACAAAUAGUUUAGUAAAACAAACAUAGAACAAAUAGGAGGAGCCUGUCACCUGAAGUAGUUUUUUAAAUUAGAUUUAUUUUUUUUAUAACGGGUCAUAACCUUACAGUUAGCUUACAUUAUCAAUUUUUUUCUAUAUAACUAUUGGAACUGCUAUAGUAUUUGAAAGUUGUAUCGAUAUAUAUUUUUUUAUUGAUUAUAUAUUCAAAAAGAAAUACUGUGUAUAUUUUUUCUUGGUGGAUGUUCUGUGUACAUUUCAUUUUAAUCGAAUACUUUACAAACUUAUAUUUGGCCCUUGCUUAAAUGGGACAUUUUAUUCUGCUUGCUGAAGUGAAGGAAUUUUCAUACCAUUAUCUUGAUGUGCAUCCACGUCAAUUAGAUGACAUCGUCUUACCCUGUUAUUAAAGGCACUCUGGUGAGCUCUGAGAACUACACAUGGAAUACAGCCGAUUCACUUGGGAGAGGGGCUAGUGCCAUUGUUUACCUAGGUCGACAUAAGAAAGAUGGUAGAGUAGUUGCCGUGAAAGUUUUCCAUGAUUAUGUCAGCCAAAAGGAGGAUGACAUCCGUGAGCUGGACCUACUGAGACGCCUGUCACACGACAAUAUUAUCAGAUUUAUUAGCAUAGAGAAAGUGCAAACAUCCAUGAGGAGUGUACUCAUAAUGGAGUACUGUGAAGGGGGAUCACUCCACCACAUGCUAGACCAACCAUUGUACUAUUACGGGCUGGUAGAAGAGGAAUACAUCUUAGUGCUGAAGCACGUUGCUGAGGGUAUCCAGUACCUGAGACAAGAGAAUGUGAUACACAGGGAUAUCAAGCCUGGGAACAUCAUGAGACAUAUCACCACUGAUGGCAACUCUAUAUACAAACUGACAGACUUUGGUGCUGCUCGUAAACUUGAUGACGAUGAAAGCUUCCAGUCCCUCUAUGGAACUGAGGAGUACUUGCACCCAGGCAUCUAUGAGAGAGCGGUUCUCAAACUACCAACAGGGAUGACUUUUGACGCUAAAGUUGACCUCUGGUCGCUGGGGGUCACCUUCUACCACACAGCCACUGGUCAGCUGCCCUUCCAGCCUUACGGUGGUCGAGCCAACAAGCAAACUAUGUUUAAAAUUAUAACAGAAAAAGAAAGUGGAGUCAUAUCUGGGGUUCAAAACUUUGAAAAUGCACCAAUACAGUGGAGGAGGGACUUACCUGAGACAUCCCCUUUAUCAAGUGGGUUAAAAUCUAUUGUGAUUCCCAUGUUGGCUGGACUAAUGGAGCCCAAUGCUGCGAGAAUGUUGACGUAUGAAAGUCUGUUCAGAAUUGUGCAGAAUAUCUCCACUAAGAUCAACAUUUGCGUCUUUCACUACACCCGCUGUGAGGACCUUAGAAUCUAUGCUGAUGGCAACACAACAUAUACUGGCCUGCAAGAUUUGGUUGCAUCCCUAACGGAUAUAGUGGCAGCGGAUCAAAUCCUGCUGGUGGCUGGGAAGUGUCUGGAUGAAAUUGUGGAUCCAUCCUUACAACUCAAGGACUAUCCGUCACACAUCCUGCAUGACAGUAUCUAUCUUUUUCAGAAAGAAAAAUCGGAAACAGCAAGGAUCAGUAAACCAGAAAUUCCGUCAAUGCCAGACUUUAAUCCAACCAGUGAUAUGGAUGGGGAUGCCAGGUUGGCACACAAUGUCAGUGCUAAAGGGGAGCUGAUCAAGAGAUACAUAGAGAAGGUCUCUAAGCAGCAGGAGAGGAUUAUUGGUGGUUUAUUGUGUCUGAGGGUGUAUGUAGAGAGCAGGCUGAGGAAAACCAAAAUCUCGCAGGAUUUCAUGAAACAACUGAUGGACGAGUGUAAGUUUCAUUACGAGACUUUCUUUGAGAUCACCAAAAUUCUCAAAGAUGUGAUGGUCACCAGGUUAAAACAACAACCACAUAUUGAUGUUACGUGCCUGAAUGAGGUGCUGGCAGAUGAUGUUAUUAAGCAAGUUCAUGCUAAGGCCAGUGAUCGUAUCAGUGAGAUAGAACAGUACAAAGAAUCCCUGCUGAAUAAAAUAGAUGAUGUGAAAUCUUAUGAACAUAAACUCUACGCUAUCUGCCAGAAAGAACAAUGCUUCAAGAAGACACAGCAUCACAUGUCUGUCAUUACAGGAAUACACAGUCGGUUCCGGAGGGAUAAAAAUAUCAAAUCACAGAUGUCAACGCAUGAUGAAAAUAUACAUGGAUUUGAAAAAGACAAACUGAAUAAAUAUUGUACUCUGCUGAAGUCCACCCUUAACGAACACUGUCUGCCCAAUCUUGAGAAACUACACCGGAAUGCCAUGGUGAUUAUAGACACAUUGACCAAAUGCUUGAUGAGGGUGACCAAGGUUGAAAAGAAUGUUGGGAGUGUCCUCAACUGUCAGAAACUUCUCAGUGAGAAGAUCAUUAAGAUGAAGAAGUCAGUUCAAAGUGAUCUGAAGAGGUAUACAGAGUCUGGUUACUUCUCUGCUCCCAGCGUGAUGGAGAGCUCUGGCAGGCUGGAAGCUGCGGCAUCAGAGAUCAGAUCCCAUGGCUACGACCACAUAUCUGCAGGCUUUAAUGAUGAUGUAAGACUAGUCUCCCACCAAAGUUUGGUUCUACAAGAGAAACUUGAGGACCUGAAGAAGCUUCUCAAAGGCAACACAGAAAUUAUACAGAGCAUGGAUGAUGGCAGUUUACAGAGCCGUGAGCCGACCAACAUGUUACAGAGCCAUGAGCCGACCAACAGAAACAAUGGCAACCUCCAGCACUUUGACGGCAACACAUGAGAGCCAGAGUCUGGCACCAGCCUGCAGCAUUCUCUGUGGACCAAUUUAUCCACCCCAGAUAAGUCAGCCACAGGGGAGACAACCCCCUGCCCAACUCUAGAGGCCAGUUACCCAGCAGUCUGUGAUAAUCUCUUACCUCCCCUGGUGAACAGGUUGAACCAUGACAGGAUUACUGUGAAUCUGUCAAAUGGGUCAAAGUUUUCAAAGAUUGAUACAAAUUUUGGCUGUUUGUUCAUCAGCACAUUAUAUUUCCUCGCAUUUUUUCUUACUUCUAUGAUUAUCUUACCAAAAAUUUAAGGAGUUUUUUUUAAAAUGUUUUUAUAACAGUUUCCUAUUGUAACUAUCUACUAAAGCAUGUGGUUUCAAGAAAUGUGGUUUUAAAUUUAAAAAAAAAAAAGGUAUUAGGCAAAUAGAUGCAUACAUUUUGUCCAAUAAACAGCCUUCUAAUAGUAAAUAGUCUGGUCUUUAAUUCAUUAAUUUGUUUUAUUUUAGAGUCCCCUUUAGUUUAAUGACAACACUCUUGUUUGUGUGUGAUCACACAGAGAAACAUUAAAACAGUGGCGUAGCUACACUAGGGGGUGCCACACCCCUUUUUAAGGUUGCAGUUGCCGACUCUUAUGCUAUUAAUAAAUAUAAAAGAUUUUUCUGCGCCUUCAUUAUAUAUGCACACAAACAUGCAAAUGGAAGGAAAUAAUGUAACUUGGGGCACAUUGCCCCAUCACACCCUCCCUAGCUACGCCAUUGAAAUAAGAACAUAAUUUGUAUCAAUAGUUUGAAAUAGAAGUCCAGAUGUAUUUGAAAAACCAGUAAAGUGAUAUAUCUCAAACUAUCUUAGUUAUGUCACGUUAACAAAAUAUUGAAGGAAAAAACCAACUACAAACUACAGCAAUAUACCACCUGCAUAGAUUUUGUAUUGACUUCUCUGUUGUGUUUAUUUAGGAGAACAUUUUAAAUGUACUUCUGUUUUCCUAAAGGAACAUGUGGUGUAUGAAUUCUAGAAAAAUUUUAUGUGAUUUAUUACAUGACCCAUAAAAUAUGACAUAAGUUUUGGUUGGUUGGGUAUUUGAAUGUUGGGGCGCUGGAUGGUGGUGUGUGAUGUUACUUUGUGAGAGUAGUACUAGUAUGGAUGUAGUACUUGUACAACUGUUCUGCUAGUAUAAGUAAGUACUAAAGUACCAUGUGGAAACGCCUGGCCUAUCUCAGAAUAUAUCACUUCGCACUGCUAUCCAGGUGGGUUGGAGAGUCAUGGAACUACUUGCUACACAUGGAGGUACUGGUAAUUGAUGGAACUACUUGUUGCAGAUGGAACUAUUACAACACAUGGAACUGUUACUAUUCAUGGAACUAUUUGUAUCUGAUGGAACUAUUUGUUGCAAAGGGAACUAUUACAACACAUGGAAAUGUUGCUAUUCAUGGAAACACUUGUAACAGAUGGAACUAAUCGCUACACAUGGAACUACUUUUUGCAGAAGGAACUACUUGAUUGUGAUGGAAUUACUUGUAAUGGAUGUAACUACUUUUUACAAAUAACACCUUUAAUACAGAUCUUGCAAGAGAUGGAAA